CUCACUUUUCAAGCUAUGACCCAUAUUAAAUGGCUACCAAAAUUUAGCCUUGACAACAUUAGCCAUAAUUUGCUGAUUCGUGAUGGAUAGGCGUAUUGUGUGGUUUAUACAUUAUGUGUGCACGUUUCGAAAGAACAGAUUAUUCUAAUGUGUCGCUGGUUGACUUGUAGUAAAGUCUUUCCCGUCAGAACGAUGCCAACUUUAAGCAGAAAAUCACGUUAGCUUUCAGACACGGUACAGGCGAGACUCGGGGACAGUUACCAGCUAAGGAGUUACGUUAGCAACACUCGGUGACAGGAAACGUCAACAUCCACGAUGAGACUGAAAACGUCGCUGCUAAAGGAACCUAAACAUAAGGAACUUGUGAGUUGUGUGGGCUGGACCACAGCAGAUGAGCUGUAUUCAUGCAGUGAAGACCACCAGAUCCUCAAAUGGAACCUGCUGACCAGUGAGACCAGCCAGGUUGUCAGACUACCAGAGGAUAUUUACCCCAUUGACCUUCACUGGUUCCCUAAAACUGUUGGUGGCAAGAAACAGGCACAAGCUGAGAUCUUUGUCCUUACCAGCACUGAUGGAAAGUUUCAUCUGGCCUCUAAGGUGGGGCGUAUUGAGAAGAGUGUUGAAGCACACAAAGGAGCUGUCUUAGCAGGUAGAUGGAACUAUGAUGGGACUGCUCUUAUCACAGCUGGAGAAGAUGGGCAGAUCAAGAUUUGGUCCAAAAGUGGGAUGCUACGCUCCACACUAGCUAGUCAAGGUUCACCUGUUUAUUCUGUUGCCUGGGGUCCCGACUCAGACAGAAUCCUCUAUACAUCCGGAAGACAGCUCAUCAUCAAGCCUCUGCAACCUAGUGCAAAAGUCAUACAGUGGAAGGCUCACGAUGGGGUGAUUUUGAAAGUUGACUGGAAUUCAGUCAAUGACCUAAUCAUCUCAGGUGGAGAAGACUGUAAAUAUAAGGUUUGGGAUAGUUUUGGACGUGUUCUUUACUCCUCAUCACCUCACGACUACCCGAUCACCUCCUUGUCCUGGGCUCCAGAUGGUGAGGUGUUUGCCAUGGGCUCCUUUAACACCUUACGACUCUGUGACAAAACUGGAUGGUCUUAUGCAUUAGAAAAGCCCAACACAGGCAGUGUUUUCAGUUUGGCCUGGUCUGCAGAUGGUACCCAGCUGGCUGGUGCCUGUGGCAAUGGGCAUGUCAUCUUUGCCCAUGUAGUGGAGCAGCACUGGGAGUGGAAGAACUUUGUGAUCACCCUUACAAAGAGGAGAACCAUGCAGGUGAGGAAUGUGAUGAACGAGGCUGUGGAUGUAUUGGAGUUCAGAGAUCGAGUCAUUAAAGCCUCUCUGGCGUUUGGUCACCUUGUGGUCGCCACCUCUCUGCAGUGCUAUGUCUACAACUCAAAAAACUGGAAUACUCCCCUCAUCUUUGACUUGAAGGAGGGAACAGUCAGUCUCAUCCUGCAAGCAGAGAAACACUUUCUGCUUGUGGAUGGGGCAGGGUUGUACAUAUUCUCCUAUGAGGGUCGACUGAUAUCUUCCCCAAAGUUUCCUGGUAUGAGAGCUGACAUCCUGAAUGCCCAGGCCGUCUCACUUAGUAAUGACACCAUCGCCAUCCGAGACAAGAUGGAUGAAAAGGUCAUCUUUCUCUUUGACGCCCUGACUGGGAAAGCCCUGGGUGAUGGAAAGCCCUUGACUCACAGGCUGGAGGUGGUGGAGAUAGCUCUGGACCAGCGUGGCCUGUCUAACGAAAGAAAGAUUGCUCUGAUAGACAAGAACCGAGACCUUUACUUGACCUCUGUACGUUAUCCUGGGCGAGAACCCAAAAUUUGCAAAAUUGGUAGUAUGGUUCACAGUAUGGCUUGGAAUGAUUCUGCUAACAUCUUGUGUGGUAUCCAAGACAACCAGUUCACAGUGUGGUACUACCCUAGUGCUGUCUUCAUAGACAAGGAGCUGCUGCCAAAAACACUCUACAUAAAAGAUGGCAGUGAGUUUAGCCGUUCACCCCACAUUCUGAACUACGUCGGCACCAAGGUGACACUACGCCAGGGAGACGGUUCCUUAGUGUACAGCAGUGUACCUCCCUUUCCAGCUCUCCUCCAUGAAUACAGCUCCUCUGCACGCUGGGAGGAUGCACUUCACUUAUGCCGCUUCGCCAAAGAUCAGUCUUUGUGGGCAUGUCUUGCUGGAAUGGCAAUGGCCAACAGGGAGCUGACAACAGCAGCGAUGGCCUACGCUGCCAUUGGAGAGUUACCAAGGGUCCAGUAUAUCAACUUUAUAAAGGAGCAGCCCUCUAAGGAGUCCUCUUUGGCCCACAUGCUGUUGUUCAGUGGUCAGGUCCAAGAGGCUGAGGCCACUCUGUUGCAGGCUGGCCUCAUCUACCAGGCCAUCAAAGUCAACAUUGACCUUUUCAGCUGGGAAAGGGCAUUGGAGCUGGCAGUCAAACAUAAGACUCACGUGGACACUGUGCUGGCGUUCAGAGAGAAGUUCCUUCAGAAAUUUGGCAGGAAGGAGACCAGUAAGAGAUUUCUGCAGUACGCUGAAGGGGUUGAGGUGGAUUGGGAGAAAAUCCAGGUGAAGAUAGAGAUGGAAUUGUCUAAAGAGAGAGAGAGAGCAGCUAAUGCUUCUGUCAGAAGCAGCGUGGCCUCACGUCGUUAAUGUUCAGGGGACUUUUAAAACACGAGCUUUGCAGAAAUCGAUUCCCAUGUGUUUUUGACAUUUGGUGGAUAUUAGGUGGUUUGGCUCAGCUUCAAGAUAAUAAAACAUUUUCUGUACUAAAGGUACGAUAUCCACCAUUAGUUACAAAUACUGUGCAUUAACUGAAAGUGAAAACAAAAGGGAACAGAUGGAGAUGUGAAGAUUAGUAGGCCAUUAAAUAUAUCACACUCAACUUAGACUGUGAUUGUACAAUCUUGUGGUUUAUGCUGUGUAAUAUAAGACAUUUGCACAACUCUGUACUUGGCAUUUUGUUACUGUAUGGGUAUUUUGACUCAGAGUACUGACAAAAGUCCCUGCAUUUACCAUUAUGGCCUUUCUGUUAUAUCAGCUGAGGCAGAGAUUUCAGUGUCUUCAGGGUUUUUUGAUGUGUUUGUCUUUCUCCAUUAAUUUGUAAAAAUCUGUCACGGACAAUUUGUUUUUGUAAGUAAUGUUUAACUCUCUAUUUUUUAAUGGAUAGAUAUUUUCACAGUUUAUAUAUUUAAAGUGUAGAUUUGUGUAAACACUAAAGGUAUCACUAAAAUAAAGCUGAUGGACAUGUUUAUACUUA